AUGGCCCCACUCAAGCCUGGCACAAAGCUUCCACCCCAGAAACAGCGUCGGAAUGAACGCGAACGACGUCGAGUAGACACGAUGAAUCAAAUGUAUGAGCGAUUACGAGAAAGAGUCACGCACGGAGGCAACAAGAAAAUGUCCAAAGUGGACACAGUCCGCGAGGCGGCUCGCUACAUUCAGUACUUACAAGGCGUUCUGCAACAACAAGAAUUCCAAGAGGCCCUCCCCCCAGCAUAUCCCUUUGUCAAUGGGCCGUUCAGCGUCUCUCCCCCGCCUCUCUACCCGAAAAUCGAGACUGCUCACUUUUCUCCUUCAGGCUCUCCUUGCCCGCAAAACGGCGCCCACUUCUCUCCGCCUAACCACCUCCCGUUCGGCUCCUUCCCCUUCCAUCCACCCGCCUACAGCCCGAAUUUCCCCUGGAAACUUGAGCCAGACACCGAACCGCCGUUCCAUUUGUGCUCGCCGUCGAACACGUCGACCUCCUCGUCGAACACCUCGUUCAGCCCGCAGCAAAUGGCGCAAAUGCGAAGAUUUCCAGCGAAUUGUCAAUACUCGAGCGGAGAUCCCCUCAAAACAUCGCAU